GGAGAGAGGUGUGGGGCAUAGGGGAUAUUCUGGAAACUGUGCUCCAUGGAAUGUGCUGGGAGCAGGGGAUGCUCUAGGAACUGUGCUCCGUGGAAGGAGGUGUGGGGCAGAGGGAUACUCUGGGAGCUCCCUGGGAUGUGUGGGGUGCUUUGGGGAGCCCUGGAGGUUGUGCUGUAUGGAGCAGCACAUGGAAUGCUGUGCUCGUGUAGUGGUGCAGGGGAUGCCCCGGGGGCUGUGCUACAUGGAGGAAUGUAUGGGAUGCCAUAGGGGAUGUGCUGGGAGGAGGGAUGGGUGGGCUGUCCUGGGUCGCAGUGUGGUGCUUGGGAUGCUGCAAGAGUUGUGCUCGGUGGAGGGAUGUGUGGGAUGCUCGGUUGUGCGGGGGAUGCGCUGAGGCUCUCUGCUGUGUGGGGUGCUCUGGGUUGUGCUGGGGGCACUGGGGCUAUGGGGUGCAGCACUGGGGUGAUGUGUGCUGCCCUGAGCUUGUGUGGAAGUGCCUUCGGGCCCUGCUGUGGAAGAGGACAGUGUUGGGUGGGCUAGAGAGGUGGUUGUGAGAUUCCAAUCUCAGUGAGGGACUGGGACACAGGAUGGGAGGGGCUGUUGUAUUGGGAGUGAAGACUGGCCUAGGAGAAAGAAGCUGGUGUAAAAGUGGGGCGGGAGCUGCCUGUGUGAACUCUGUGGUUGAGCUGAAGUCAGGGGCUGGGCCAUAGAGAUGGAUGGUAGGGAUGUAGGGAGUGGGAUACGAGGUGAAAUAUGCAGUGAGAAGGUGGGAGAUGGUGUGUGGGAUAUUAGAUCACCUGGGAUGUGCUGUGAGGAAGGGAUGGGAGGCUGUGGUGCAGGAAGUACUGAACUAUGGAUAUCUGCAGGAAAAAAUGUGGAGAGCUGGAUGAAGAAAUGAGUAUUAGGCUUGCUGGGGAGAGCGGUACAUGAAAGGAAGCAUGUGAGGAGUUGGGACUUGAGUCAUUGUAAGAAAGAGAUAUGGGAGUGGGAUUGGGGAAUCACCAGGAGCCAGAAUAUGGGGUAGGAGUGCUUUCAGCGUGAGGGAGGUGAUGCACAUGGUCAUGAGGGGAAUUGUAGAGCUCCAGAGCUGGGAAGCAGUGUAGAUAGAUCAGGGGAGCAGGAAUCCAGGGAUGCUAAGCCUGUAGUAUCAAACUAGUAGGUGGGAUACUAAGUGUGGGAGUGGAUCUUGUAUAUGGGGAUUGUGGGGAAGAGCAGUAUCUGUCAAGGCAGGGGAAAUGUGUUUAUUUGGAAGGAUUCCUACUAGGUAGAGGAGAGGAUCUGUGUGUGUAUGCAUGAGGGGGAGUCUGUGCUCUGGCUGGCUGCAAAGGGGGAUGAGAGGCUAAAUCUGAAGUUUCAUGAGGUUAGGGGUUGGAUGAUGAGAAAAAAAAAUGAACAGUGGAGACCUCAAAAGCUUAGGGAAAUGGUAGAACAGGUGGAUGCAGACAGGCAGCAAGGCUCCACUUGUAGGAUGAGAGAGAACCCUGUGUUGUCCAGCUCCCUGUCCCCAAGUUCUCUGUGCAGGUGAUGGGUCUAAAAAGGCCUCUGAAGAUGGAGUGUUUGGGAUGUGGAAGGUGGCUUUUACUCAGGGAGGGUAGACAAAGCAUGAGGAGACAGAUGGGAAGAAUCUGAUGUGACAGUCAGUUGUGGGUUGCUAUUUGGGUGUAAAAUAUUAGGGCGGGAUGAUUACAUGAUUACUGGUUCAAUAGUAAACUACAUAAGAAAUCAGAAAAUUGUCAUGCAGCAAUGAAAGAAUUAAGUAAGUCAGAUGGGAGCUGGUUGUGGAGUGAUUCAAAGCCCACCAAGGUGAAAGGGAAGAUUUUACUCUUCAGAUACCAAACCUAACAUGGACUCUGAAGCUGGUCUGGAAAUAACCAUGGACCUCACUUUUGGGAGAGGGAACAUCAAGCCUUGUAGUCCUUACCUGGUAAAGUAACACCUUCUCCUUGGUUUGGGCAGUAAAGAAAGGGUUGUGCCAAGUCAAGUUUGUCUUCCUAAGCCUCCCUAUUGGUGACUGGUUGCUUUUCUGUCAAAACACAGUUGGAGGAAGCGGGGGAGACAGCUCUCUCUGUUUUUAGGGGUUCCAGUUACAUUUUUAUUUUCCUUGAAAGUAUUUUGUCCUUGAUUUCUCUGUGAAAAGCCCACACAGACAUAGGAUGCUCUGAAGCAUACUUAAAUGUAUCAAGCUUUAAAAGCAUGAGGAAAAAAAGUGGUGUAGGUUUUUUUUUCCUUCUGUUUUGUUGGAUUAUUUGAUCAGUGAUUGCUGGAGAUAUUACAAUAGCAACCGUUGGAAAGCUAGGCAAGGCAUUCUAUGAAAUCAAAUGAAAGAAUUAACAUACUUAAACAGCUUUAUUCCCACUUCAUUUUGUUUACCUCUCUCCUGCUUCCUAUGAGGUCUGUAAUGGCCAAUUUCUGGCUGAAGUGUGGUGUUACAGGUGUGGAACAGGGGAAGUUGAUCAGGGGCACACACACACAGUCGUUUUGUGUCCAUCCCAGGCAGAGGAGCUGUGCUUGCAGGAGUGCACACGCCUGCACCCCAUGGCACAGGGAUCUGCUUUCUUGCCUGAACUACAGGGGUUGUUUUCCUGAGGUUUUAUAGCCAUUUUGGACAAGUUGGCAUGAUGGCUCUGUUACACGGUGUGGAUUUUUUUUUUCUUUUAACAGUGAUCUCCAAAGAGAUUAUUUUUAAUGAAUGUGUCCUUUUUUUCUUACUCAGUGCAUAAAAAUGGCUCAAGGGCUCAUAUUCUUUCCCUGUCUCCCUUGCUGGCCUCUCCUCAAACAACAAAAGAAAGGCAUCUUUCUUUUCUUGACUUGGAGUUAGCAACGAUGUUAGUUUUGGGAUUUUGGAAUUUUCUCAGUGGGGCGAGUGCGUUUUUAUUUUGUUUUUUUUUUUUUAAAUCUUUUUUUUUUUUUGGGUGGGGAUUUUAUUGUGGAGAGGGGUCUGGGGAUCUUGGGUCUCGCUGCACUUGUGUGAACUCUUAACACCUUAAUUGAAGGGGUGGAGAUGCUGAAUCACUAACAAAGACCUCCUUUAUCCAAAAUGUUAAUCAAUCAUUGACGUUAAAUAAGUGUGAACAAAACCAAGCAAAAAAAAAACCCACCCUAAACAAGUUUUUGUGUAAGUCCCCCUCCCAUUCAGCUGCUCAUCUUUGGUCAGGUUAACGUGAUAAAUUCUUAUGGGGGUGUAUUUUGUGCACUUGGUUUUUGCAGUGUUUGGUAAGAGUUCUGUUUAUGAUUUCCUAGUGUAGUUUUCCCAAUAGGUUAUUUAGCUUCUAGGUAUCUAAAGAUGUUCUGGGAGAAAUUGUGAUUUGCUCUGGUGUGGGGGAGUAGCUGGACUAUGAUGGUACUGUUGUGACCAUCUUUUUGUAUGCUAGGGUUUUUAUUUUCUUGUUUGUUUUGGGGACGUAUUUUCCUUUGCUCUCUUGUGAUCAGUUAAUUUGUUUAUUGGUCAACACAAUCUUCUAAGCUAGGCAGGACCUGAAUUUUAAUGUGAAAGAAAAUAAAUAGGUUUCUGCUCAUACAGCCAGAAACUUCAUAGAUCUCUUCUGUAUAUUAUGAAUACAAAGGGUGUGGACUCUUUCUUCCCUAUGCUUACCCCCUCCUUCCUCCCCAUCUUGGCAUUUCAUCUUUACAGUUCAUGUGCUUGGAUUGUUUUCAGUUAGGGUUAGUCCACAGCCAAACUGCAUUUGUCACCAAAUAUCCAAAUAUAGAAACCAAGGCGACUGUAAGCCACGAGGCUAAAAUAUUCAUAUACUACAGCUUUUCUGAGCAGUUUAUAUGUUUGAUGUGGAUAAGAAUGGAGUACCUUUGAUCCGUAUUUCCCAGCUAUUCAAAGGCUUGCUACUCUGCAGUACAUUGACUUUCCAUACCUAUUUCUACAUGUUUCUUCCUAGAUGUUGUUUUUUCCUCUGAGUUCUUGACGUGGUGUGUCAAUUCUCUUGCCUUACAAACGGUGCCUAUGGCUUAGGAAUUUUGCUGGUCUUUUACAAACUCAAUAGGAAAAAGCCCCAAACCCCAAACAACAACAGCUUUAUUCUGUGAAGCAAUUACACUAAAGUGAGUAUUGAAACUAAUUCCUAUCUUAAAUGUGAGCUGUGCUACCUUGCAGGGCUUCAUCUCUUCUGCUUUUUAGAAGUUUGUCAGAGUUUCUUCAUAGCAAUUCAGGCAGCCUUCAUGAAAUCCUUCUAACUCGUUUGUGUGGCCUUGGACUUCACAGAAAUCUCUGUGCCUCCCUAAGGUCUGUGGUCUGUUUACAUAGAUAUGAAGUCCUUUAACCCAGCAAGUUUUGCUGUGGGCUUGGAUUUCCUGCUUACAAGCUCUGCUGGAGUCCCUCUAGUCUUCCUGCUGGCAAAAUAAAGGUGUUAACUCAGUUUUUCAGAGCAAUUUGUGAAUGGAAGAAGAUUUCAUUGCUGAAAUUUUUUUCAAGCACUGCUCUGCCUAUUGAAUUUAAAAGAGCUUUCCCCUAUGUACCCUUACUUGUCUGUUAAAGUUUGUUUUUUUGACUCAUUUAAAGGUUUAAUUGUUUUGGAGCUUUACCUCCUUUGUGCUAUACAAGUCCAGAAGAACAGGAACUUUAUUAAUAAUUAGGAAGUCCAGAUAAUCUUGAAGAACUUGAACAACAAAAAAAAAUCUGUCUGUUGGGAAAUUUCUGAAGGAUUGUCUUUAAGACCAUGCAGGAUCACAAAUGCUGUUUAGCAACAAUAGGUGACAUUUUAUGUGCUGAAUGCAGGUGAACUGUUCCAGUGUUAACUUUUGAUUUAUAUUUUCAAAGAAGCAGGGGUGUGCUUUGUGAUAGCACUCUUACCUGUGGGCUGAGCUGCCCUCUGUUCCUAAUCCUGUGAGCACUUCCUUCAGUGCUAGAGUUGGGUUUUGAGGAGUCCUUGGUGCUCUUCUGUUUUGACUCUGCAGCACCCUACUGUGUGUGCUGGUGCUGCUGUUUUGGAGCAGCUGGAUGCUGGAACGGAUCAGGGAGCUGAUUUGGAUUAGAAGUAGCCUGGCAAAGAAAAGAUGAUACUUAGCCUGCAUCAGUUUGCCAAACUGGUUUGCUGUUUGGCCGUGGGCACAUCAGACAGUGUGGUGCAGGGGUGGGAGUAAAUAUUGGUACCAGGAGUUCUCUAAGCUGGCAUUCCUGCCAAAAGGAAUGCUCAUCUAACUAUACCCCUAAGAGUCUGCUAAACGUGCUAAAUGUUUUUUACACCUGUUUGUUACAGUUUUCCUUGCUUGAGAACAGUUCCUCCAGCUUACCUUGCUCUUUUUGCCAGAAAUCAUCUCUGAACAUACAUGCAAGGUAUCAAAAGAGUAGCUCUCUUUAAGAAGAUUUAAGUAGGGCCAACAGAAGAGCGUGGUGGCUUUGCUAUGGAAGAGUUUCUGCUGCCUCAAGACUUUCUGAUGGUACACAACAUGUACUGUAAAGUGACGAUAGACUAUUUAGUAUGGUUGCAAUUAAGCAGUGAAACUCAUGCUGUGAGUAUCUUGCUGAGGAGCAAGAAUUCUACAAGAGUUAAAAAGCAUCAGAUGUCUUUAAGAAUAUGAAGAAUAUUCAAUUAUCGUAAUCAGUGACAGUAGAAAUUUUGGAAGAGGUAUUAAGCCUGUGGUCUAAACCUUUUUUAUUCUGCUCUAGCAGUUGUUCUAUAUUGGGAAAGGGAGGGAUGGAAUAGCCUGUUGUGCCUGGGUUUGCUGCAGGGUUCUCACACUCCUGUCUGGAAACUUGAUUGAGAACCAGUGUAUGAGAUGUGCCCAGAUAGGCUUCUGGUUGAAUCCUGGUGAACCACCCUGAAAUCUGGUCCAAGUUACUAAACUGUGGCUAUUGUGAAGUGAACUGCUGCUUCACAACUUUUAACAUUUUCUUUAUUCCUACUUCUGUGGGUUGUUCUUACCUAUUUUUUUUUUUCUGAGUUGAAUCUGAGAACUCUGGUUUUGAUCUACUUUGACAACACUAAUUGAAUUCAUUUUAAAUACUGUUAUGAAAUCUCAGUUAACUAUCUGAAGAAUGAAUGUUAUCUCUUUAGAGAGAUCCCUUUUUUCAGACAGACUUUAAAGCAGAAGUGGGAUUUUCAUUGUUUGGCCUCCAAGAAAAUGCUUAUGGAAUAGGGGAGGGAGAUGAACAGUGGAACUGUAGGGUGGUUGGCCUGUUUGUUUUUUAAAGCCUAGGCAGAAUCAAUGAAAUCCUUUUGAAGGAAGGAAAAAGGAAAGUGCCUUUUACCACUGACAUGAUUUCUUUCAACAAAGAAAGAUGGAGCAAUGUCCUCUGAGAUUUCACUGAAAAUUGGGUGCUGUAGUCUUGAAAACAAUGCUGGUUUUAAGUGCUCCUUAGUGGUACAGUUGAUGGCAUAAAGAGUGGAUGACAUACACAAUAAUUUAGCUGCAUAUGGAAUCGAGGGAGAGCUUGCUGUUUUCUCUAUUGAGUUCAGAGCAGUUGUUGUUCAGGCACAGAUAGCCACACAGCUGCCUGUUCCACUCUUCAACUGGCAAUUACUCUGAGCUGGGUGUCUUGUUUUCAUGGCUGUUUGGCCUCUUAAGAAAGCAGUGCCACUGUGUUUUUCCUCCUUGGCUUUCUGAUGGGGCUCUGUCUACAUAGUAGCAGAGCAAGAGAGCUUUAAAUCACUGACUCACCUUGUCACUGGAUGAUCUCCAUGUGCCUGUGGUUGUCCUCUCUGCCUUCUGAACAAAGGGUGCAGGUAUCUGUUUUACCUUAUCAGUGGGGUGGCUGGGGCCCAUGGGCUCUUUUAAUACCAGGGUUGCUUGGAUUUGGUGGCAAACUUGGGAACAGAGCUUGUCUCUUAAUGUGCCUGUGAUUUAUCUACUCGACCAUGUUACUUACGCUCUACAAAUUGCUUUAAGUCUGUGACUGCCUGUGUAUGUUGUGUCAAGCUAUCUUUGCCACCUUUGCAGUUGUGAAGACCUGAACAAAAAUUCUGGUUUAGUGGUUCACUGAUAGAAACACCAGGUAAGAUCAAGCAGUGCAAACCAUUUUUCAGGUUGCUCAGAGCUCUGGUUUCUGCGUUUUGCUAAACUGACUUCUUCAGGUGUCUUGAUAUCACUGUUUCACUGCCUGUGAAAUGGCAAUGUUUUAUCUAUGUACCAAUCUGUAUUUGUUUGAGAAUUGAUUAGUAAUGUACAUGCAGUGUAAUAUAAAACCAGGCUGUAGCCUGUUGAGGUGAGCAGCCACAGCCUCAACAGGCACGGCUGGUACAAUGGACAGUUAAGGCAGUGCUAUGUACAGAGAAACUCUUUUCAAGGACUUCUGCUGGUGGAAUGCAAGUUUUCUACCAUAUUUUAUAUGUAUGUAUGAGGAAAAAAAGUAAAAAACUUCAGGUCAAAAUUAUUUGACAGCUUGUUAGCAAGAAAACACUUUCUUCUGCCUCUUGAAAAUAAUAAUUUUAUAUAUAUACAUAUGCAUAUAUACAAAAAAAAAAUAUUUAACCUUCUUGUGGUUGGGGGAUAGAAGGUUGAAACUGUCAGGCAAAUAGCCACCAUCCAGCAGAAAUGCUUCUGAAUGCUUUAGUGAAAGCCAGCUUUGAUUUGACAGUUAUGAGGCUUUGAAAAUAGCGCUGUGUUUAUACAGCACAGUAAAUACUUUGAAGUGCGUUAGGCUGUGCUGUACAUGCGUGGCUAACUAGAGGAAUAUUAAAUGCCUACAUCUUGUGUUGAGUGAGGGAGGAUCCUGCAGCAAUUGGAAUUGCAUGCUCCUCGUACUUUUAUAAGAUCGUGUCAAAGCAGUAGAUUUGAUAAUAGACCUGAUUAUACAAUUGCUUAAUUUCUUGUCAAAAUAACAUUUUUACAUGCAGCGUUCUGAGAUCUUUGAGGUGACCUCAUGUUAUUUAUCAAAUGUCAGUUUUUCAUCCCAGCAGCUUUGAUAUAAUCAUGUAGCAUCGUGGAGUACUGUGUACAUGCAGUUUUUGCUUGCUGGAGUUCUUUGAAGUGCCUUACUCCUUAGAAGAGUCAUUGCUGUCUGGAAGAUCCUACAUUUAACGACUGGGAAGCCAGUAUGGAAUCGCUGCACUGUGUCACUGAGGGUCGUGCUGCCUCUCCUGUGCCUAGUGUGGGUCUAAAAGCAGAGAAAUGAGAGGUUCAGCACACCAGGGACAGGCACACCCUGGCACACAUUUUUAUCCAGCAGUAAGCUGCAGGGGAUGUAGUAACUCUUCAGCUGUGCUCCCGUGGGAAUGCCGGGCUUGUGGCAUUGAGCUCCCCAGGUGCCUGAGAACAGCAGGAGGCCUCGUGUAAAGAAGCAGAGCAGAGGGAUGGCUGGUGGUGACAGUCCUGAAUGAAAACUGGUCUGGCAGGCACUGCUGGAAGGUAGUGAUGCUCAGGGGAGCCUUGGGAAAGUGCUCAUUUGGGAAGAGAGGGACCAGAGAGCUGUAAAGGUGAAGGUUAACAUGAAGGAAGGUGUAUGACUCGCCCCCAGCAAUUCCGACUGGUGUCGUGUGUCAUGUCCCCUUGCAGCAGACUGGGGAAUUACUGCUUGCUGUAGCACCGGGGUUUUUCACAGAGGAGCUCUGUCCUGUACUGACCCAUCCCAGUCCCACUUAGCUUAUGAAAACUGACAAGAUUGCAGCCCAAGGAGUUACGCCUGAGGAUUGCUUCUUAUCUUUCAUUCUGGAAGCCUAUUGAAGGGGGUACCAAAAGGGAAGAAAAAGCACUUGGGUUUUUUUCUGUGCUGAACUGAUUGGUGACUUGUUUCUCCCAAGUCUUUUGUUAAAGCAGUGUGGUGUUAGUACUUGUAGAAGAACAAACUGCUGUAUCCUUGGUCCUGUCUCCCCAUCCAGUAUUUCAGCAUAUUUUCCCCAAGCCCCUUUCAACAGAUUAGUUUCUACAGAAUGAGCUGCUGGCAAGCUCGAUGCAGGUGUCUUUUACCUGUGGUUGUUCAUGGUGAUGUCCCUAUUUAAAUUUUUGAAAAAAUAAGCCCAGAAAAGUAAGGGGAAAGAGAUUGCCUGUGGCUUCUCCUAACUCCUGAAAAGUAAAUGAAGUUCUGACAGAAGCCAAAGCUAUGAAAGCAGGCCAUGGAAAACUCUCAUUACCCACUGGACUCCUGCAUGCAAUGCUGACUGAUGCUAAGGCUAUUAACUGCUAACCUGAUAUGGAAAGCAGCAGAAGCCUGUCAUAUAUUAGGAAAACACUGUUAAAACGUUUCUUGAAAAAUCCCCUUAUUGGUUGAGAUUUUGAUCUUUAUCGGUGUUAAGAAUAGCUGGAGCGCCACAGCAGCCCAGCUGGUGCUCAGGUAAGUGACGCUCCACGUAGGGAGCUCCAAACUGCACUUGUAAAGUACACAGAGUGCUCUCAGCACAGUUAACAGAGGUGGAACUGAAGUGAGGUUGGCAGCUGUGCUGGAGUGUGCCAGGGCUGAGCUGAGGUCAGCACGAUGUCGUGACAGGGUGCGCGGUAGCGUCCCCCGACACCCCGGCUGACCCGCACCUGCCAGUGCCACUGCUGCUGGUGAAGCUGAAAUGGCAGGAACACCGAGGGGAAGUGUUCAUCAUGUUCCUGUACAGAAGCAGAUAGUUGCAGCUUAGGCUUUGAGGUUUUUUUUUAAGGAAUUUUUCUCUUGGCUUUUUCCCCAGACUGAUUGCUGGAACUGUGUCAGAAUCUGCCAAGAGCUUGUUCCAGUCCCAAGUGAACCAAGUAGUUCAAGUGUUUUUUACAUAAUGGCAGAUAGGAAAUUGAAAAGCUCUCAGUGUUUGUCUGUGUACACCUUGAGUUUGAUCACCAGUGUCCAUAAUUGUCUGUCUCCUCCACUACUUUAGGGAAGGAGUUGUACAGAGUCAGAAGUUGUCUAGGACAGCCAUACAUCCCCACUGGAUUAAUAAUGCACUGAAGUGUUGUUAAAUACAUUGAAAAUAACGUUUAAUGGACAUAUAGUUGUCUGUUUGACAAGAAGUGUUAGUGUUAUUCACAACUCUGAAAAGUUAUGCUUGUAAGAGUUGCAGGAAACAUGUCUGUUGCAAAAGACUAUUUUAGAAUGAUUUUUUAAAGUACCUAAAAAGACUGAUUACUUAUGCAGCCUUUACAUCAUGGCUACUGUUGAUUAUCCAUGUACUUGUCAGAAGGAAGAGAAUAGUUGCUAGAUUUUUCUCAGAAAAAGGGAGAGGACACUUAAUUCUCUGAGCCUUUGGGUUUGUAUUGUGCUUUGUCAGUGAUUGUCUUCACUGUCCAUUUUAAGUAUGUAGAGCAAAAGGUUGAAUUUUCUGUGGCCUUUGUUGUCUUGAAUGUUGUCUUUGUUGUUGAUCUUCAGGAAAGAUCUGUUCUUUGGGAAAGGUCCAUGUGUGUGGUGAUAGGGGCUGGGGGAGGUAUGGGAGGAAGAGUGUCUGUACAGACAGACUCUUAUUUGAGAGAUGUGGAUGGGCAGGCACAGGUAGGCUCAGCAGAGCUGCAUUGUGUGAGCACACUGUACUGCAUUUGCAUGGGCCUGAUUAAAUAUUCUUACAGUUUCUGGGAGGCUUAUCCUGUGGUCCUAAAUUCUUACAUUAAAUGGAGCAACUCAAGGGAACUUCUCUCCAUGUAAUGGCAUAGAAUCUUGCGUGCCCUUCCCCUGUCUGUGCCUGUUGGUCUUCAAGGAGCUAAUUUUAGGCGAGUCUGUCUUGCUCAGCCCCUUUCUCUGUGCUUCAGGGCUGGGGGUAGUAAUGGGCAAUAACCUACUCAUUUGGAGUUUAACACAGAGAUGCUUACACAGCACAUGUGCAGGAGGAGGUAUUUUCCCUGUGGAGGUUGCAAUGCUGCCUGGUGGGGGUUGUGUAGCCUCCACAUUCAUGUCACCUAAACUUAUUUUGCUACAAGUUCCUGAUUCUUCUGUUUACUGAGAGUAAUUUCUGGUAUAAAACUGGGAGCAGAGAGAUAAUGCUGUGUUGACUUUGGAAUAGCAGUGAUUUCUCUGAUGUGGUAAGAAGGAAUUCUCUGUGAGACUGUGAAAACUUUGCGUAUAAUUUUUUAUUGUUAUGGCAUAAACAUAGGAAAGUCCAUACUGUUUCAGGAUAAGUUAGGACCAUCUAGAAACUGGCUGUGAGUUGCUAUGUAAUCACCUUAGAUGAACAACUUGUCUCUACCUAUCUUUAGGUGUCCAAGUUACCUAUCUGAAGGUACCUGAGGUAUUUUCUGUCCUUGUUUAAGAAAAAGGACAGUGGGACCUGGCAGAAGAUGGGCACAAAUGUAUUUCAAUAAGCAUAAGCCUGUCCAUGCCUUUGCCAUCAGUCAGUGCUGCCUCCUUUGUGCCAGUGAGCACAUGAACACCUAGCGGGAUGAAACAGGAAAAUUGUGUCCUGAAUAUUAUUCAUAUCUUAUCUGGAGUUCGUUUUCAGCUGUAUCACAAGUGCUGGAAGGGAUAGAGUUGGCUAGGCUUAGGCUGGUUGAAGUUGCUUUCCUGGGUCCAGAACAGAGCUGGUGAGCAGAAGGUAAGGUUGCAUUUUUGACAGACCUAUUUCAAUGGUGAUGGGGUCAAUCCUAGUAGUGUGACAGGCAUGUGCUUUAUCCAUUCGUGGGAAAGGAUGAGGAGGACAGCUUUUGCUAGGAGGCAGAGGCAGAUCUAAAGGUGUAUUUACUAGCCCUUGGUACAGAGCCCUAUCUAGAAAUUUGGACUGCUUCAUGGGAUCGAAGUGUCUUGUGUCCCUGUAUCCUCAAGUGUCAUAGGAAGAUGUAUGGGAUGUAGAAUAUUCAUGUCAUUUUAUCUAUUUGCUUUUACGUGAUCGUAAGGACGUCUGACAGCUCAAUAAAAGCUUUGAAUAACAUGCCCUGUGUCCUCCUUGUUUCCCAGUUGCUCUUCUUAUCAAUGAGGUGUGUAACCAAGUACUUUAUUAAACAGCAGCUUAUUAGAAAGUAACGUGCAGCUUAGCUGCAAGUGUGUAAAAUAAGGAAAUGCUCAACAAAACUGGUAAGUGCAGCACGUGAUGAAAACCAAUAUUUUCCAGUUUUCCAACCAGUUCUUGGGUGUAGUGGAGUCACCUUUUGCCGGUGCAGCUAUUCUCCCUCUCAUGUGGUUGAAUGAGGGUCGGAGAAAUUGGAGGUGCCCUUCCCAGUAAAAAUGUGCUGAAGGAGCGCGUUGGCUGAUUCACUGCCUUGCCCCACCUCUCAGGUCACACAGGGAAUCCACUGGUGGAUGCACUUACAGAAGUUUGCUUCCUGGUGGCUGUCAGGAUCAGCGGUUGCUCAAAUACCUCCUGCUGCUGCUAUUCUUGGUUGCCCUAAAGCUUCUGUUCCUCCCUGAGCAAUCUCUUAUUCCACUCUCUUUCCUUCCUUACCCUCUUUACAGUCACAGAUACAAUUCAGGGUGCAGGCUCAGCUUGCAUUCAAAGUUAUCAUUUGUUUUCUGCAGCAGCAGGUCUCCAGCCUUUUUUCUUUCUCCAUGCUGAUUUUGAGCUCUUGCCACCCUCAGUCCAGCACAGACUAACAGUCUCAGAAAGGCCAUGGGGAAAAUAGCAGUGUGCUCUUUCUUGUAUGCAGAGAAAGGUUUCUUGCCUUUAAUGCUUCAUGUCACAGUCAGGCCACAAGUCUGAUACUUUUAUCUACUUGGUAUGCCUUUAUUUCAUCUCUCCACAUUCUCCUUCUCAAAGAGGGAGAAAAGACUGAAGUGAAUCAGUGAUAACUGCAGCUGUUCCUGCUGGAAUAGCCAUAAUGCUGUACACCUCUAUGUACUUGACCAUUUGUCACGAUCGAGCUUUUCAGCUUAAGGCCAUAAAAUAAGAAUUUGCUGGUUUGAAUUUUUUUUUUUAACUUUCUAUUUACAGUACAGUAAUAUGGUAGCUGGUUUGUAGAAGUACAGGGGGUCAAAAUAGUUAACUGAAAGGUAAACUAAGAUGUGCCUUUGCAUCUUGUUAGUUACUCUGUGGUAGCUGCUUUGUGUGCAUGCUCUCACACUUUUGCUCUUAAAUUCACUGUGGAGCAAACUGCCUUGUGCUGACGAGACUAAGACCGUGCAGGUGAGCAGCAGUGAUGGUACCCUAAUCCAGGAAUGGAAUUACAGUGCAGUAACUGGGUAUCCUACAGGAUGGAGGAUGCCCCCCUUGCAGUCCUGAGCUAUGGUCUGCAAGGCUGUCCUUCCCUGCAAAGCUGGGAUUGAAUGUUUCAAGGAAUAGAGCUCUGAGCAACGUUUGUGAUAGGUUCUCUCCAUCCUUAUGUGUGCUGGUGUUCACACACCUUCCUCUUGAAGGGAAAAAGUGAUUUUUGUCCCUGCUUUGGUAGAGGUGUGUCAGUAUUGGCACUGGCAUGGCUUAGCCUGUAUUGUUUCAUUGGGUGGGGUGGGGGAAAGGGGAGAGGAGAUAUAACUGGCUAAUUGGAUUCAGGGAUGAUUGUGCUGCUGUGGUGAGUUUUACUGGAUGAAGCAGCUUGUUGCGAUAGGUGUUUGUUUCAGCUUCUGUCUGCAGGUGUGACUUGGCUAGAUAAGGAUGGUCUAUCAUGUUGAUGAUUUCAUUGUUUGAUUUGGCUGGUCUGGGUGGAGAAUGUAGCUGCAUUGUUUGGGACUAGCUUUGUAGUUUGGUUUUGUGAAGUGGAUUACAUGGCAGCACAUAGCUACAUUAUUAAGGUGAAGCUGCAGUAGAUAAUAGUUGUAGGAUGUUGGAGGGAAGAGAAUAUGCACAGGCUUUCACAAUGCAUUUUUUUUGAGCUAAUUGAGCCUCCAGCUCCCACAUUUCUGCUGGGAGAUCUGGUCAGCAGAAUGCAUUGGGAUUACACAGAAAAAUUUUGGUAGUGGUUUCACUUUGCAGCUGUACUUUAACUGCAAGGCUGUCCAUGCUGUGUAAAUAGCUGAGAGUGCUCUGAGAUACCACGCAGGCCCUGCCACUGUGAGUGUUGUCUGGAUUCAUACUGUUCUUGCAGCCUCUACAGUUUUCACAGUGGGUGAGGGAGAAGCUGGCAGGUCACUGCUCUUUUUCUACUAACCUCAAAUUUACCAGUAAACCGUUCUUCAGAGCCUGCAUUUCCUUAUAUUGCUGAACUUUCAGGCACUUAAAUUUGCUUUGGAUUCCCUUCUUCCUGUAGGGUAUGCAAUGAUGUGAAGUUGGAGCUGCCAGAGCAGUAGAUAGUGCUUCCUCCUUCUAAAACCUUCCUGGUUUUCCCCUAGAUAUGAUUGCCUUGCUUUACCUGAUACUUGAUGUUUCUGUUUAUACAAUGUCUGGCUGUGGAGGAGGUUACAUAUAUGAAGCACAAGGGUUUGGCAGGAGUUGCUGGGCACAUUGUAAGGGGUUGGUGAGCCUUUGAAGAGAGGUGGGUGCAGAAAAGGGAAGGUGACAUGUCCAAGUUUUGUGCCAGCUUCUCUAAGCACAGAUGAGCUCAUGGGAAUCCAGCUGGCUAAACAUGGGAGUGCUAUAGCAGGUCUGCCCUAUUUCCCCUCUGUGGCCAGCAUGGAUCUUCUGAGUCUUCCAGUCUGAUGGUGGCUUCUUGUGUGAUGAUAAAUCUGAGCAGAGUCUUCCCCUUGCUGGAGGUUCAGAGCAACUUUUGAUUUCUCUGCUUCUGUGGUUGGAUGCAUGGAAGGGGGUGCACAGCUUGGCUGUGAGUUUUUGUUGGUGAAACUUCUCCUCUUCUUUUUCCAGGUGACUGGUUUUUGUGAGACAAGUGGUUUGCAACUCAUGGCCUCCACGAUGAGUACUGCAGUGUCGUGACACCAGGGGUCUUGUGUGCCCUGGAGAUGCGAGACUUCCCCUGGGCAGCAGGAGGCACGCAUCUAGAGAAUGCUGGAGCUGCAGGAGGGAAGUGCCCAGUGCAAAAGCAGCGAGGAGCGAAGAGAAAAAAGGCAAGCAGGCAGCCAGCGCUGAGAGAAGCGGGUGGCAGAAAGUGCUUCGACGCUGCCUCUGGCGGCACGCUCCCCAGAGGAACUUGACGAGAGCCCAUCUGCGUGUGUGUGAGACUGUGAGCUCAGGAUUUCUGUCAAUGCAUUCCAGUAACCCCAAAGUGAGGAACUCCCCGUCAGGCAACACACAGAGUAGCCCCAAAUCAAAGCAGGAGGUGAUGGUCCGUCCCCCUACAGUGAUGUCCCCGUCUGGCAACCCUCAGCUGGAUUCCAAAUUUUCCAACCAAGGCAAACAAGGGGGCUCCACCAGCCAAUCCCAGCCCUCUCCCUGUGACCCCAAAAGUGGAGGUCACACUCCCAAAGUGCUCCCGGGCCCGGGUGGGAAUAUGGGGCUGAAGAAUGGGGCUGGAAAUGGUGCCAAGGGGAAGGGGAAGAGAGAGAGGAGCAUUUCGGCAGACUCCUUUGAACAGAGGGAAGCUGGGACUCCUAAUGAUGACCCGGAAAUCAAAGACUGCAAUUCUGCUGAUCAUGUGAAGUCCCAGGAGUCUCAGCACACACCACACUCCAUGACUCCUUCAAAUGCUUCAGCCCCAAGGUCUUCCACACCUUCCCAUGGUCUGACUGCCACUUUGGAGCCAGCAAGCGGGCAGAAGACUCCUUCCAAAGUGGUUUACGUCUUUUCUACUGAGAUGGCCAACAAGGCUGCAGAAGCUGUGCUGAAGGGACAGGUGGAAACAAUCGUGUCCUUUCAUAUCCAGAACAUCUCGAACAGCAAGGCGGAACGAAACACUGUACCCUUGAACCCCCAGAUCACUGCACUUCGGACUGAACCCAAGCCCCUGCCACAGCCCCAGCCCCCUGCUGCCCAGGACCAGAACCCUCCCCAGAACGCCAAAAUGCAGCCGACUCCACCUGUGUCAGCACCAGUAUCCAAACCCACUGGCCCUCCAUGUCCCAUAGAUCAGGACAGUCCCAGUGUGGAAAGCAAAGUGAUGUCUGUGGGCAGCCCUGCCAACUCUACCCCGUUGCAGACAGAAGGAUUUGGGCAGAGUUCAACCCCCAAUAAUCGAGCAGUUAGCCCAGUUUCCCAAGGUAGCAAUAGCUCUGCUGCAGACCCCAAAGGUCCUCCCCAGCAGGGGUCUGGUGGGGACCCAUCCAGUUUGGGUGAGAAUCCCGACGGACUGUCACAGGAGCAGCUGGAGCACCGAGAGCGCUCGUUGCAGACCCUGAGAGACAUCCAGCGCAUGCUCUUCCCUGAUGAGAAGGAGUUUGCAGGAGGGCAAAGUGGGGGGCCACCCCCAAAUGCUGGAGUGCUGGAUGGCCCCCAAAAGAAACCCGAAGGGCCGAUACAGGCUAUGAUGGCUCAAUCCCAAAGUUUAGGCAAAGGGUCGGGGUCUCGGACAGAUGGAGGGGCUCCGUUUGGCCCUCAAGGACACAGGGACAUGCCUUUUUCCCCAGAUGAAAUGGGACCACCACCAAUGAACUCCCAGUCAGGAGCCAUAGGCCCAGACCACCUGGACCAUAUGACUCCUGAGCAGGUGGCCUGGCUUAAGCUGCAGCAGGAGUUUUAUGAGGAGAAGAGAAGGAAGCAAGAGCAGGUGGUUGUGCAGCAGUGUUCCCUGCAGGACAUGAUGGUCCACCAGCACGGACCUCGUGGGGUGGUCCGAGGUCCUCCCCCUCCCUACCAGAUGACCCCUGGUGAGGGCUGGGGACCUGGGGGUCCAGAGCCCUUCCCUGAAGGCAUGAACAUGGCACACUCUCUGCCCCCCAGGGGCAUGGCCCCUCAUCCCAACAUGCCCGGGAGCCAGAUGCGCCUGCCUGGUUUUGCAGGAAUGAUGAACCCUGACAUGGAAGGCCCCAAUGUCCCGAAUCCCGCCUCGCGGCCUGGGCUUUCAGGAGUUAGUUGGCCAGAUGAUGUGCCAAAAAUCCCAGAUGGCCGAAACUUCCCUCCUGGUCAGGGUGUCUUCAGCGGCCCUGGCCGAGGGGAGCGAUUCCCCAAUCCGCAGGGCCUGCCUGAAGAGCUCUAUCAGCAGCAGCUGGCUGAGAAACAGAUGGGCCUCCCUCCUGGUCUGAACAUGGAAGGCAUCAGGCCCGGCAUGGAGAUCAACAGAAUGAUGCCCUCCCAGAGACACAUGGAGCCUGGGAACAACCCCAUCUUCCCUCGCAUGCCGGUAGAAGGACCGAUGAGCCCCUCUAGGGGGGACUUUCCAAAAGGAAUACCCCCACAAAUGGCUUCUAGCAGGGAGCUGGAGUUUGGGAUGGGCCCUGGCAGCAUGAAGGGGGACAUGGGCAUGAAUGUCAGCAUGGGCUCUAACCCACCCCUGGUCCCUCAGAAGCUGAGGGAGGCAGGAGUUGGGCCGGAAGAGAUGAUGAAGCUGCGCCCUGGUGUCUCGGAGAUGCUCUCCUCUCAGCAGAAAAUGGUGCCGCUGCCGUUUGGGGAGCACCCGCAGCAGGAGUAUGGCAUGGGUCCCAGGCCUUUCCUUCCCAUGUCUCAGGGCCCAGGAGUCGGUCUCCGGAAUCUCAGAGAACAGAUCGGGCCUGACCAAAGGACUAACAACCGGCUCAGCCACAUGCCGCCACUACCUCUCAAUCCCACCAGUAACCCGAAUAGCCUCAACACUGCUCCCCCUGCCCAGCGCAGCCUCGGCCGCAAGCCCUUGGAUAUCUCUGCAGCUGGUCAGGUGCAUUCGCCAGGAAUCAACCCUCUGAAGUCCCCCACGAUGCGCCAGGUCCAGUCUCCCAUGAUGGGGUCUCCCUCGGGGAACCUCAAGUCCCCUCAGACACCCUCCCAGCUGGCAGGAAUGCUCGCGGGCCCCACUGCCGCAGCUGCUGCUGCCUCCAUUAAAUCCCCCCCUGUCUUGGGGUCUGCUGCUGCUUCUCCUGUCCACCUCAAGUCUCCGUCUCUCCCUGCACCUUCUCCUGGAUGGACUUCAUCUCCGAAGCCUCCUUUGCAGAGCCCUGGGAUUCCCCCGAACCACAAGGCGUCUCUAACCAUGUCUUCUCCAGCCAUGCUGGGGAACGUGGAGUCGGGUGGUCCACCUCCUUCCACAGUCAGCCAGUCUGCUCCUGUGACUCUCCCUGGAAAUCUUCCCUCUAGCAGUCCUUACACAAUGCCUCCAGAGCCAACCCUCUCCCAGAAUCCCCUCUCCAUUAUGAUGUCCAGGAUGUCCAAAUUUGCCAUGCCCAGCUCAACACCGCUCUAUCACGAUGCCAUCAAAACUGUGGCCAGCUCGGAUGAUGACUCCCCUCCAGCACGCUCCCCAAACUUGCCACCUAUGAACAGCGUACCAGGAAUGGGUAUUAAUUCUCAGAAUCCUCGAAUUUCAGGUCCAAACCCAGUGGGUCCAAUGCCAACCCUUAGCCCAAUGGGAAUGACCCAGCCUCUUUCCCAUAACAACCAGAUGCCCUCUCCAAAUGCUAUGGGACCCAAUAUACCUCCUCACGGGGUCCCCGUGGGACCCGGCCUGAUGUCACACAACCCAAUGAUGGGGCAUGGUUCCCAGGAGUCUCCAAUGGUACCUCAAGGACGCCUGGGCUUCCCGCAGGGGUUCCCUCCCGUACAGUCCCCUCCACAGCAGGUGCCAUUUCCACACAACGGGCCCAGCGGUGGACAAGGCAACUUUCCAGCGGGAAUGGGCUUCCACGGAGAAGGACCUCUGGGGCGUCCUACCAACCUGCCCCAAAGUUCGACAGAUCCAGCACUUUGCAAGACUGGAGGCCCUGGCGGUCCAGACUCCUUCACUGUUCUUGGAAACAACAUGCCUUCGGUUUUCACUGAUCCAGAGCUGCAGGAGGUGAUCCGUCCUGGAGCCACGGGAAUACCCGAGUUUGACCUGUCCAGGAUUAUCCCAUCGGAGAAGCCUAGCCAGACACUACAGUAUUUCCCUCGUGGGGAGGUGCCGGGCCGCAAGCAGCCGCAGGGUCCCGGGCCCGGCUUCUCCCACAUGCAGGGGAUGAUAGGAGAGCAGACCCCGAGGAUGGGACUAACAUUGCCCGGCAUGGGGGGCCCCGGGCCGGUGGGAACUCCGGAUAUCCCUCUCGGCACGGCUCCGUCCAUGCCCGGUCACAACCCGAUGAGGCCGCCGGCCUUCCUGCAGCAGGGCAUGAUGGGGCCGCACCACCGCAUGAUGUCACCAGCACAGCCCGCCAUGCCCGGCCAGCCCGCGCUCAUGAGCAACCCCGUGGCCGCCGUGGGCAUGAUCCCGGGCAAGGACCGAGCCCCCGCCGGGCUGUACAGCCACCCGGGCCCUGUGGGGUCACCUGGGAUGAUGAUGUCGAUGCAGGGCAUGAUGGGACCCCAACAAAACAUCAUGAUUCCCCCCCAGAUGAGGCCCCGAGGUAUGGCUGCUGAUGUUGGCAUGGGAGGAUUUAGCCAAGGCCCUGGAAACCCAGGGAACAUGAUGUUUUAAGCUGCUACCAUAAAGACUGGAUGUUCUGAUCCUUGUCAAGAUGAGAUUCCAAGUCCUGAGGGCUUUUUUGGGAGCUUCAGGAGUAUACAGUUUGGCCAUGCAAUAGGUGAAAAGAGACCAGAGGACACUUUGGGAAAUCUCGAAUGUAUGGAAUUACCUGAAAAAAAAAAAAAAAAAAAAAAUUAUUCAUUUUAACAGGUUGUUUUUUUUUUAAGAUUUAUUUUUUAAAAAUUAUUUUUGUGGACUUGGGUAUCCCGUGACGGCACCUGCUUUGAGAAUCUGUAGCUGUAUUUUGAGAAUUGCCAUUUGUCACAAGUUGCACCAUUCUCUGUAUGUUUACGUCCUUCGGACUGGCUUCUCCCAGGACUCUCGGUUAUUUUUGGGGUUUUUUGUGUACUGUACUAUAUUGUAAAAGGGAUUUUAGCAGAGACUUUAGUCUUUGGGGUGAGAGGAGAAUGGGAUUCUAGGCUGUUUACUUUAGGUGGAGAAUCCAUCUUCAGAACUUCGGACUAUUUUCCUUCAACUCCAAUGUAUAGAAAAACCAAACUACGACCUCAGAGCAGAGUAUUAAUGAAAAGCACAAAAAAGGAACUUAAGUUCAGUGAGGGGAAUCUUUUAAAAGAAAUAAAUAAUAAGUUAAGGACAUAUUUUUCAAAUUAUGGCGUGCUGUCCAGCACCUUCUGUCUCUCCCUCCCACUCUUUAUUAAAUAGGCUUCUCUCUCUCUCCGUCCCCUUCUGUCUCCUCCUAUGGCAGCUGCAAUACAUUGUGUUAUUUUGGGGAGUAAAUCUAGGAGAGCCUCUCCUCACGUGGGGACUCUUCCCACUUUUAGGAAGGGGCUGGACUUGGACACUGUUACAUCCUACAGUAGUCUCUCUCACUGUUUCCUAUUCUCCUUUUCUUAGAAACCCCAAGUGAUUUUAUUAAUGUGGGAGUGGAACAGACACUAAAAGUUAUCCAGGAUUUUUUUUUGUGGUUAUUUUUUUUUUCCUCCCCAGCGUAAAACGUUCUGUGUAACCUCCAUUAAAUUUGGUACAAAACCACUCGCCAGGGCUGUGGUGUCAGAAAAAUAAAAUAUAUUGUUUCUUACAAAAA